AUGGGUCCAGGAGACUGGCCGUCGACCGGAACAAAUAGUGGAGACACAGGCGGUGCGGAGGGAAUGGAGCCUGCUGCCAUAGUGUCGGCCUUUGUCGAACUACCAGGUAGCGAGCACGAUAACGUGCUGAAGAAAAAGAAGUGGCUGUUCACCGUGUAUCUCGUCGAGGAAAAGGAAACGGCUGUCGACUAUCUGGGCUUUUCUGCGUGGAAGCCCACACCGAUCCCUCGGUUUGACCUGUUCUGA